AUGGACGACGAACUCGACACAUCGAAAAUCAAAAGUUGGCGGUCAAUCAUUACUCUAAUCAUUUUUGUCAUAACUAAUAUCAUCGUGCUUUUCCCGUUUCAUGUGCCCAUAUACCUUCCUCGAUGGCUCGCGAACGGGGUUGUGGACACACUCAGUGCCUUGCGCAUAAUACCGCGCCGGAUCAAAACCAGCGACCCCAAUGCUAAAGAGAGCCGUUUCAUCAGACUUCGCUUCCCAUUGAACUUUUUGACAGCACCCCUGAUAGCGGAUCUCUUUCUUCUCGCUAUUUUGGCUAUUGGCCGACAAGAGGUACACGAUGGCACUAUCGGAACACACAGCAUCUCGCCCAUCGAUAUCAUGGUCUUCUUCCUCACUCUUGCAUACAUCGCCAUCUCGAUUGACGCUUCCGGCCUUAUCAGAUACCUGGCUUUCAAAGUUCUCCAAAAGGCCGGUAAGGUUGGCCACCGGUUGUUUUUCUACCUAUUUGCCUUCUUCUUUGGAUUGGGCACCUUCAUCGGAAACGACCCGAUUAUUCUGUCGGGUACAGCAUUCCUUGCGUAUAUGACUCGAGUAUCAAGCAACAUCGUCCACCCUCGAGCCUGGAUUCACAGCCAGUUUGCCAUAGCCAACAUCGCCUCCGCGAUUCUUGUCUCUUCCAACCCGACCAACCUAGUUCUUGCUGGCGCCUUCAAGAUCAAGUUCAUUGUCUACACUGCGAACAUGAUUGUUCCAGUAGUUGUCACAGCAAUCGUACUCUUUCCGUUCCUGCUGUACAUUAUCUUUGCCGACGAAUCCCUCAUCCCCUACUCCAUCACAAUGCACGAGCUGCCCGAAGGAGCCAAAUUCAAACCGCCCGUCAACCCCAACAUUCCGAAUGCCAGAGGAAACGCAGAAGAGGAGGAAAAAGAAGGCGACGGGCCGGGACAGCAACUCUCGCUAGAAGAGAUCAUGAACCCCUUCUUGGACAAAACGGGUGCUGCCUUUGGCGCAGUCAUCAUGGCUGCCACUCUCAUCACCGUCCUGGCAAUCAACGCAGCGAUCCAAAGGGACACAGAGGUUCCCGUUUUCUACGUCACCUUACCCGCUGCUUUCGUGAUGUUUUGCUGGGAUCUCGCAUUCGGUUGGUUCCACCGCCACGAGACACGAGAAAUCGCCGCCAAGGGUCGACGGGAUAUCGAAGACGCGCGGGCAGAGCGAGAACGGACAGGACAAAGCCCAGACACACAGACAUUGGACCAGUCCGAGCAGUAUGAUGCUUCGGGCCUACGCCACCGCAGUGAACACACAUAUGACGAGCUCUCGCUUGACGCAGCCGACAGUAACACGGCCUCGAAAGCGCCUUGUUCAGAACCCGAGACUCCAUUGUCGGUGUCUGUUCUCGUCGACAAAGAAAAGUUCCCGGAACUAGAGCUACCAGGGGGUGUUGCGAGGGACAGCAAUAAUCAUGCUCGCCCGUCUUCUCCCGAACCAUUGGACUCGAGACAGACUACCGAGACAACGACAGACGUGGAGAAACGCACGUAUACUUAUGAACGAGACACAGGACCCCCCACGUUGGUCUCACUCUGUGCUGAUCUGUACCGCUGGUCACAAGAGACGUUCCCUACCGUGACGGUCGUAGUAUCCCACAUGCCAUUCGCCCUGGUCCCAUUCGCCUUUGCGAUGUUCGUUCUAGUGCAGGCACUCGUCACCAAGGGCUGGGUACCCGUUUUCGCCUAUGGAUGGGACCAUUGGGUAGAAAAGACAGGGACAGUAGGCAGCAUCGGUGGAAUGGGAUUUAUAUCUGUGAUCUUAUGCAACUUCGCCGGCACAAAUAUCGGCACCACAAUCCUCCUCUCUCGCGUAAUCCAAGCAUGGCUACAAAUCCACGAAGUCAGCGGCGUCCCGAUCAGCGAUCGCACAUGGUGGGCUACUGUGUACAGCAUGGCGCUGGGCGUCAAUUACGGCGCUUUCAGCAGUGCGUUUAGCGCUUCGCUGGCUGGAAUGCUUUGGCGGGAUAUUUUGAACAGGAAACAUAUCCGCGUUGGCAGUCUGGAGUUCGCUCGUGUUAACCUUCCUAUUAUUGCUAUCUCUAUGGUGGUUGGCUGUGCUGUGCUUGUUGGAGAGGUUUAUAUCGUUCGAAGUGAUAAGCCGUAUAUUCCGGCUGCUUGA